CAUUCUGAGCAGGAGGCAGCGGCUCUCACUUCUCCGACCACAGGCUGCCUCCUUCUUCCCGGAGGCUGCUCCUCUCCUUCCAAACCCCGGGUCCCCUCCCCGGAGCAGGAGCUGCAGGCGCUGUGCCUCCCUCCAGCCACAUUUGGUAUGCACGAGCACGGCUGCAGGCAGAGGGGAGGUGGCUCUCUCAGGAAGGCUCAGUGGCUCAGGAGAUGCCACUUGACUAGUCUCCCAAGUUCCGGGAAGCCUCUGCCCUGAUGGAAUUUGCAGAUGCGGAGAUGACCCUGGGAAGCCAGGGUCGUGGGGGACCCUUUAUUUUCUAGGCAUCGCUCAGGUUGGCAGUGUCUGCUUUUUAUCCUGGUGGAAUUGUGAAAGAGGGGGGUCAUGAAUCAAACGGAUGCUCCUCGACCCCUAAACUGGACCAUCCGGAAGCUGUGCCACGCAGCCUUCCUCCCGUCUGUCAGACUUCUGAAGGCUCAGAAAUCCUGGAUAGAAAGAGCAUUUUAUAAAAGAGAAUGUGUUCACAUCAUACCCAGCACCAAAGACCCCCAUAGGUGCUGCUGUGGGCGUCUAAUAGGCCAGCACGUGGGCCUCACUCCCAGUAUCUCCGUUCUUCAGAAUGAGAAAAAUGAGAGUCGCCUCUCCCGGAAUGACAUCCAGUCUGAGAAGUGGUCCAUCAGCAAGCACACUCAGCUCAGCCCCACAGAUGCUUUCGGGACCAUUGAGUUCCAAGGAGGUGGCCAUUCCAACAAAGCCAUGUAUGUGCGAGUAUCUUUCGAUACAAAGCCUGAUCUCCUCUUACACCUGAUGACCAAGGAAUGGCAGCUGGAGCUUCCCAAGCUUCUCAUCUCUGUCCAUGGAGGCCUGCAGAACUUUGAACUCCAGCCAAAACUCAAGCAAGUCUUUGGGAAAGGCCUUAUCAAAGCAGCCAUGACGACCGGAGCGUGGAUAUUCACUGGAGGGGUUAACACAGGUGUGAUUCGUCAUGUUGGCGAUGCCUUGAAGGACCAUGCAUCUAAGUCUCGAGGGAAGAUAUGUACCAUCGGCAUUGCCCCCUGGGGAAUCGUGGAAAACCAGGAGGAUCUGGUUGGAAGAGAUGUUGUCCGGCCAUAUCAGACUAUGUCCAAUCCCAUGAGCAAGCUCACUGUUCUCAACAGCAUGCAUUCCCACUUCAUUCUGGCUGACAAUGGGACCACCGGGAAAUAUGGAGCAGAGGUGAAACUCAGGAGACAGCUGGAAAAGCAUAUUUCACUCCAGAAGAUAAAUACAAGAUGCCUGCCGUUUUUCUCUCUUGAGUCCCGCUUGUUUUAUUCAUUUUGGGGUAGUUGCCAAUUAGACCAAAUUGGAAUCGGCCAAGGCGUUCCAGUAGUGGCGCUCAUUGUGGAAGGAGGACCCAAUGUGAUCUCCAUUGUCUUGGAGUACCUUCGAGACACCCCUCCCGUGCCCGUUGUUGUCUGCGAUGGGAGUGGACGGGCAUCCGACAUCCUGGCGUUUGGACAUAAAUAUUCAGAAGAAGGCGGACUUAUCAACGAAUCUUUGCGGGACCAGCUGCUGGUGACCAUCCAGAAGACCUUCACGUACACUCGCACGCAAGCGCAGCAUCUGUUCAUCGUCCUCAUGGAGUGCAUGAAGAAGAAGGAACUGAUUACAGUAUUUCGGAUGGGAUCAGAAGGACACCAGGAUAUUGAUUUAGCUAUCCUGACAGCUUUGCUCAAAGGAGCCAAUGCCUCUGCCCCUGACCAACUGAGCUUGGCCUUAGCCUGGAACCGAGUCGACAUCGCUCGCAGCCAGAUCUUUAUUUAUGGGCAACAGUGGCCGGUGGGGUCUUUGGAACAAGCCAUGUUGGAUGCCCUAGUUCUGGACAGAGUGGAUUUUGUGAAAUUACUCAUAGAAAAUGGAGUAAGCAUGCACCGUUUUCUCACCAUCUCCAGACUAGAGGAAUUGUACAAUACGAGACAUGGGCCCUCAAACACAUUGUACCACUUGGUCAGGGAUGUCAAAAAGCGAGAAUAUCCAGGUUUCGGUUGGAUCUAUUUUAAGGGGAACCUGCCUCCUGACUACAGAAUCAGCCUGAUCGACAUUGGCCUGGUGAUAGAAUACCUGAUGGGCGGAGCUUAUCGCUGCAACUACACGCGCAAGCGCUUCCGGACACUCUACCACAAUCUCUUUGGCCCCAAGAGGCCCAAAGCCUUGAAACUACUGGGAAUGGAGGAUGAUGUUCCCUUGAGGAGAGGAAGAAAGACAACCAAGAAACGUGAAGAAGAGGUAGACAUUGACCUGGAUGACCCUGAGAUCAACCACUUUCCUUUCCCUUUCCACGAGCUGAUGGUGUGGGCCGUCCUGAUGAAGCGGCAGAAAAUGGCCUUGUUCUUCUGGCAGCAUGGCGAGGAGGCCAUGGCCAAGGCCCUGGUGGCCUGCAAGCUCUGCAAAGCCAUGGCUCAUGAGGCUUCCGAGAACGACAUGGUGGAUGACAUCUCCCAGGAGCUGAACCACAACUCCAGGGACUUUGGCCAGCUGGCCGUGGAGCUCCUGGACCAGUCCUACAAGCAGGAUGAGCAACUGGCCAUGAAGCUGCUGACAUACGAGCUCAAGAACUGGAGCAACGCCACAUGCCUGCAGCUCGCGGUGGCUGCCAAGCACCGCGACUUCAUCGCACACACGUGCAGCCAGAUGUUGCUCACAGACAUGUGGAUGGGCCGGCUCCGGAUGCGCAAGAACUCAGGCCUGAAGGUAAUUCUGGGAAUUCUACUUCCUCCUUCAAUUCUCAGCUUGGAGUUCAAGAACAAAGACGACAUGCCUUAUAUGACUCAGGCCCAGGAAAUCCAUCUCCAAGAGAGGGAGCCAGAGGAACCAGAAAAGCCCACGAAAGAAAAAGAUGAAGAGGAUAUGGAACUGACAGCAAUGUUGGGACGAAGCAACGGGGAGUCUUCCAGGAAGAAGGAUGAAGAAGAAGUUCAGAGCAGGCACCGGUUAAUCCCCUUGGGCAGAAAAAUCUAUGAGUUCUACAAUGCCCCCAUCGUGAAGUUCUGGUUCUACACUCUGGCGUACAUCGGCUACCUGAUGCUCUUCAACUAUAUCGUGUUAGUGAAGAUGGAGCGCUGGCCUUCCACCCAGGAAUGGAUCGUCAUUUCCUACAUUUUCACCCUGGGCAUAGAAAAGAUGAGAGAGAUUCUGAUGUCAGAGCCAGGGAAGUUGCUACAGAAAGUGAAGGUUUGGCUGCAGGAGUACUGGAAUGUCACAGACCUCAUAGCCAUCCUUCUGUUCUCUGUUGGAAUGAUCCUUCGUCUCCAAGACCAGCCCUUCAGGAGUGACGGGAGGGUCAUCUAUUGUGUGAACAUCAUUUAUUGGUACAUCCGUCUGUUAGACAUCUUCGGCGUGAACAAAUACUUGGGCCCAUAUGUAAUGAUGAUUGGAAAAAUGAUGAUAGACAUGAUGUACUUUGUCAUCAUUAUGCUGGUGGUGCUGAUGAGUUUUGGGGUUGCCAGGCAAGCCAUUCUCUUUCCCAAUGAGGAGCCAUCAUGGAAGUUGGCCAAGAACAUCUUCUACAUGCCCUAUUGGAUGAUUUAUGGGGAAGUGUUUGCGGACCAGAUAGACCCUCCCUGUGGACAGAACGAGACCCGAGAGGAUGGCAAAAUAAUCCAGCUGCCUCCCUGCAAGACCGGAGCCUGGAUCGUGCCCGCCAUCAUGGCCUGCUACCUGUUAGUGGCGAACAUCCUGCUGGUCAACCUCCUCAUCGCUGUCUUCAACAAUACGUUUUUUGAGGUAAAAUCAAUAUCCAACCAAGUGUGGAAGUUCCAGAGGUACCAGCUCAUCAUGACUUUCCACGAAAGGCCCGUCCUGCCACCGCCUCUGAUCAUCUUCAGCCACAUGACCAUGAUAUUCCAGCACCUGUGCUGCCGCUGGAGGAAGCACGAGGGGGACCCUGAUGAAAGGGACUACGGCCUGAAACUGUUCAUAACUGAUGAUGAGCUCAAGAAAGUGCAUGAUUUUGAAGAGCAGUGCAUAGAGGAGUAUUUCAGAGAAAAGGAUGAUCGCUUCAACUCGUCCAAUGAUGAGAGGAUACGGGUGACUUCAGAAAGGGUGGAGAACAUGUCCAUGAGACUGGAGGAAGUCAACGAGAGAGAGCACUGCAUGAAGGCUUCACUCCAGACCGUGGACAUCCGGCUGGCGCAGCUCGAGGACCUCAUCGGGCGCAUGGCCACAGCCCUGGAGCGCCUCACGGGUCUGGAGCGAGCCGAGUCCAACAAAAUCCGUUCCCGGACCUCCUCGGACUGCACGGAUGCAGCCUACAUCGUCCGCCAGAGCAGCUUCAACAGCCAGGAGGGGAACACCUUCAAGCUCCAAGAGAGUAUAGACCCUGCAGGUGAGGAGACCAUGUCCCCAACUUCUCCAACCCUAAUGCCCCGUAUGCGAAGCCAUUCUUUCUAUUCGGUCAAUAUGAAGGACAAAGGUGGGAUAGAAAAGUUGGAAAGUCUUUUUAAAGAAAGGUCCCUGAGCCUGCACCGGGCUACUAGCUCCCACUCCAUAGCAAAGGAAUCCAAAGCUCCUGCAGCCCCUGCCAACACCUUGGCCAUCGUUCCCGACUCCAGAAGGCCGUCGUCCUGUAUAGACAUCUAUGUCUCGGCCAUGGACGAGCUCCACUGUGACAUCGACCCUCUGGACAACUCCAUGAACAUCCUUGGGCUGGGCGAGCCGAGCUUCCUGGCUCAGGUUCCUUCCACCACUCCUUCAAGCAGUGCCUAUGCAACUCUCGCACCCACAGACAGGCCUCCGAGCCGGGGCAUUGAUUUCGAGGACAUCACCUCCGUGGAUACAAGAUCCUUCUCUUCAGACUACACCCACCUCCCGGAGUGCCAAAACCCCUGGGACACCGACCCUCCCACCUACCACGCCAUCGAGCGGUCCAAAAGCAGCCGCUACCUGCCCAGCGCGCCCUUCCUGCUGGAGGAGGCGCCCAUCGUGAAGUCGCACAGCUUUAUGUUUUCCCCUUCGAGGAGCUACUAUGCCAACUUCGGGGUGCCCGUGAAAACAGCAGAGUACACGAGCAUCACAGACUGCAUCGACACGCGGUGUGUCAACGCCCCGCAAGCGAUCGCCGACAGAGCCACUUUUCCCGGGGGCCUCGGGGGCAAAGCGGAGGACUCCUCCUGCUGCCACCCGGAGAGAGAGGCAGAACUGAGUCACCCCAGCUCUGACACGGAGGAGGGCGAGGCCAAAGGCCGGAGAGCCGCCCUGGCCAUCCCCUCACAGGAGGGCGACCCCGCCGCAGACAGAACCCUGUCCAACAACAUCACGGUCCCCAAGAUAGAGCGUGCCAACAGCUACUCCGCGGAGGAGCCCAGCGCGCCCUAUGCCCACACCAGGAAGAGCUUCUCCAUCAGUGACAAGCUCGACAGGCAGCGGAACACCACGGCCAGCCUGCGGAAUCCCUUCCAGAGGAGCAAGUCCUCCAAGCCGGAGGGGGGCCGGGGGGACAGCCUGUCCAUGAGGAGACUGUCCAGAACGUCCGCUUUCCACAGCUUUGAAAGCAAGCACAACUAGCCCUUCCCACGCAGCAUUGCCAGAGGCUCAAGAAGAACCCAGCCCCAGAAUCCUCCCCGAACUCCACCUGCUCCCCUUCCUUGAAACGCACCUGCUUUAGUCUUAGCUGAGCAAAAACAAGCAAUGCCUUAGGAGGUGUGCACUCAGAAGUCACUUCUGGGCCACAGAUUGAGAAAGCAUUUGAUCUGGCCCAAUGCCAAACACGGGGGAUAUGUCACGUUCACCCUUGACGGGCAGGGAGGGGGGAGAGAGGGAGAAGGAGGGUUGAGAUGAAUGUGUAUCACUAGGCACUUCGGAAAGCCUCGAGCUCCGGGAAGGAAGGGCUUCGCGCAUUCUCUGUGCCAAGGAGGCAGGCAUCUUUCCAUUUCUGACCGUUAUGAAGCGUUUUAGGAUGCAGGGCUAAAUUGCGAGAUGAAAUGAAAUAAAGUGGCCAGCAUACAAAUGAGAUAUGCUAAACUUCAAUUCUGUUUUCUUUUCACAUUGGCUCCAUCACUGGUGACUGAUGAAGAGCAUCCUUUUUAUUCAGUAUAAGCCGGCAGCAAGCAGUUCUACCUAACGUCCCACAUCCUUCUCAUGCCACCACCUCUGUAAUUGAUCAUUGUAAAGAAAAAACAAGGUAACAGUCCUAGUUCACCUGUCUCUUAUAUAUUCACUUCUGGUGCCACAACUGUUUAUCUUUUUUUUAGAAGAAAAUAAGGGAAAAGAAAUGCCUUUCUGUAUUGCGAGCGGAAUGAACGAAGAAUUGAUGUUAAAAAAAAAAAUGUCAAGUGGCCUAUUAUAUACAGUGGGCAUUCAAGGAUAGUCGAGCAAGCUCAGGAUGAAUGUAACUAAAUAAUUUUAUAUUUUUUUAAUUUAUUUUGUAUCUCACCUGUCAUCAAUGAAUUCACUCACUGAAUAUAUAACAGUGAACUAACAAAAAAUACAGUGGGCAGCAUGCGCCUAACAUGGCCACGUGGAAUAUUGCUGUAUUCUCACCAUCCAUGUCGUGUGUUAUGCUGCUGUGUAACCUUCAUCGUGUGCAUGCCUCCACCAUGUCUUCUGAACAGAUGUAACUGCCAAUUUUUCACACCACUCAUCACAUGACCAUUUUAUAUAUGACUACCGGGUGGAUAUUUUCAUACCUAGAGUUUUGCCAUUCACUCUGAGCUCAGCAUAAAUUUAAUCGGAGUUUUUCAAGGGCUGGUAUCUUUUUUUUAUGGAAAUGUUCCAAAGUACUUUUUAAGGAAGUCUCAAAACCAUAAAUAACCUUAGAAUUGACUGGGAGUUUGGUAUCAACCCAGAGCCAUCAGAUGCAGAUAUGCCAUGAAUAUUUUUCUUAUACAGAGCUAUAAAAAAGAUACAGUAGACUAAAAUAGAAAGCAGACAAACCAUGUAAAGAGUUCUAGAGAAUAUGCUGCUUAUACACAUAUAAAUGCAUUUACACAGAGACAUGUUAUAUAUAGUAUAUAAACAAGCAUACAGAGCUUUCUUAAGAGGCUUGGACUUUUCUAUCGCCUUGAGGUAUAACCAGGAUUUUUAAUAGCCAAGGAAUUUCAUUGAAAGAAUUCAUUAUAUUUCAACAGAUGUUGAUAUUAUACGUUUUAAAAUCCCUAUAACCUUAACUUUUCUUGUACCCAACUAGAGUUAUCAAAAUGACUUGCUACCUGCCCUUUACCCACCCCCAUCCCUGCCCCAACCCCACCCCCCUACUUUUUCCCCUCAAAUGCAGUCACCAUCAUGACAUCUCAAUCAGUCUGGUUUCUCCUGCACAAAGAGAUUCCCUCAAGUAUAAUCUGAACAGACCUAACUCUCACCCAGAUAGUAUUAUGGGUUCUAGGUACCGGUAUUCAUACUUCUAGAUCAGAGUCUGGAUUUGAAGUGGGAUAAAGAAAUUUUGAUCCUCAAAUCUUUGGAUUUCUGUUUGGAUUACUGAUUUUAAAAAAGAAUAAGGUCUUGAAGGACAGUGACUGAAUGUUCCUGGUCCCUAAACAAAAUCUGGUUCUUUUGUUUAGUUGUAGUUGUGAACUUCCAAUUUUCUCAUCAUGUGAAAUCAAGUAAAUAUGAGGACAAAACCUCUAGCCUUUGACUUUUUUUUAACCUCUAAAUAAACUUUUCAGGUGUAGGAAUAGUGAUGAGGCCACAUAUAAAGAAUUAAGAAAUUCCUUUUUCACUCCUUAGUAUUUAGGUGAAUCAGAAACAAGCAACCAGAGUCCUUUAUAUAUGACUACUCUAAAAUUUUGAACCCAAAUUGGCUAUUUCUCCCUCAGCAAAAAUGCAUUUGAUCUGACAAUAAGUCACUUCCCCUUAAGCUUCCUAGAGUCACGAAUCUCUGUGAGGAUCUGAUGAAAGCUCUGAGCCCUUUCCCCAGGAAAAAAAUGUCUAGAUGUGAAAGUUGCAAUGUAACUUUAAAGGGUUCCUCUACCCCUGCUUCCAUAUUGAUUGAUAGUGAGGCAGAGGAACCAUGUUUGUUCAUAAUCAAUAUGGUUAUAAUAGGCACUUUACAUUUUGAGACCAAUUCUCUGUGAUUCUCAGGAAGGCCAAGUCUCGACACCAGAGUUAGAAGCAGGCUUUUGUUGUAUUUGUUCCAUAGGUUAGAUGUUGCUAGCUGGAUGUGCUCACGUCCUGACGUGGGGAUAAUUUUAAGUGUGGAGCACACUCACUCUCUGAGAGGAAGUCUAGAGGAAUCCAGGAAGGAGGUGAAGGCAGUGCUCACUGACCACAGAGCAGGACCUCACAGCACCUCCCGGUUCUUAUUCUGGACCAGAUUGAGAGUGGGGGAAAGUCUAAGCCCGGUGUUUCCAUCGCGCUUUCUGGAGCGAACAGAGCAGGACCUGGGAAACAAAAUCCUUAUCAGUUCUGACCUUUGGGCUGCCUGUGUUGUUGUUGUUGUUGUUGUUGUUGUUGUUGUGCAUGAAAACAAAGUUCCUUUGGGAUGUGUGUGAGAUAUAUAAGCCAAAUUUCAAUGAUUUCAAACACAUAUCGUGUCACAGUCAUGAGCCAUUUCUUUCCCGUGCGCAUAUAUGUGUUACGCUUUAAUUCAUUUCUUCCUCUUCCUGGAUCCUUUGCCCACUGAUGUGGCAUCGAUUCUGUGGCCUUGUACAGGCAGCUUGUGUGCCGCUCAUGUAUUCCACCAUGUCCCUGCCCGAGGGGACGCUAAUUACCUGUCUCGGUGAAUGAGGCGGCUCACGAGCAGCAAAUUACUGAGGAGCAUAAACAAAGUCAUAGAGAACUUGAGGAAGGGAUAGCUUUGGUUUAACCAUCUGCUCCUACGGUGCCAGUUUUUAUAUACUGCUAUAUGUAGUGAUUUAUUCUAAAUUGCUUGGUCCUUUUGGGGGGAGGGAAAAAAAAAGGAUGUUUUAUGAAAAUGACUGUGGAAAUUUCCUGACUAACCAAGAUAUCAAUAGUUAGAGAGGCCCUCCUUAAUGGAUUUGAAUGAGGAACUGGAAGGCUUGGGGACCAUUGCCAUGGCUUGUUUGUGUAUUUCUUCAAGCCAGAUGAUGUCUCAGCAGUCAGAAUGCAGCACUUUAUAGAACUGGAUAAUUUUUAAGUUUAGGCCCUAGGUCUAACAUAUUAUUUAGCACUUUGAAAGUUCCCCCUUGAGUAUAUAUAAAUAUAUAUUUGAUUAUAUAAUCAAAUGGGAAGAAAUGUACUUGUAAAAAACACAAAAUGUGUUUCUUCUGAAUGUUUCCAAUAUAUUCUAAAAGAUGGUUUCUAUAGAUAAUGUCCUGGUGGAUCACUAGAUAGUGCAUUUAUCCUCCUUUCUGAGGCUGCACAGUCUAACCUUCCUCAGUGUUGGGCUGUUUAACUUCCCCAAUGAUAAUAAAUAUUAUCCAGUCAUCCAUCAUGCUAUGUCUAUAGGCUGUACCAUUCGACAUGUUGGGCGAUGCUGUACUAUAAAAUACAUGUACACAUGUAUGUAACCCACGUUUAACCCAGCAUAGUUGUAGCAUGUGGUUGUGUUAAUGAGCAUUACAGGACAUUAGCUCUCUAAUCAUUUACAAAUCUGUAACGUUCAAUAAAGAAGCACAUGUUGCAAGGAUUAAUCAUGUCCCCAGUUCCAUGUGGCUUGGCAUCCUCAUGAAAUGGGCACUUCUGUCCCUGACCUGCUUUAUGUUUUUCACUUCCCUGUAGACCACUGUACAAUACUUGUAUAAGUCGAUGUACAGCCUCUAACCAGCCCUGCGAGUUGUGCUAGGCACGUUUGUGAUUUUGUGAAAGACGGACUGGCAUGUUAUGCACAAGACUAUCUGAAAAAUGAACUUAAACUAACAUUUUAAACUCCAGUCUAAUUAGCUGUUUGUUUACCUCUGCUGACCAGAUGUGGAAGCAAUGUACAGUAUUUUAUAAAUAUGCUCAUUUAGUAGCACUACUAUGUUUGUUUCUAGAUACAGUAAUGCUAAUGUGUAGGUGGUACUAUACUUGUUUUAGAUACUGCAUUAUAACUCUCUCUUCUCUAAUAGCAAUGUGACUUAAAUGAAGUAAUCCUGCUCAAACCCAGUCUUAAUUUUGUGGCAACAGAAUGCAUGCACGGCUUUAGGCGUUUCUUUUGACUUCUUAAAGGCACUUCGCCUUUUACUCCUGCCUGCUGCGACACUGAAACCAGUUAGGAGCCCACUCAGAUAGUUGGGCUUCUUAAGUUUGGAGAUUAUGUACAAGUUUUAGAAAUUAAAAACAAAAAAAAGUUACCAUAGGGGUUUUUUUUAAUCUUUUCUUUUAAGCUCUGAACAAAUAAUAUGAAAUAAAUUAUUAACCACAGGAUUAUAGCUAUGGGACCUGGAGGUGGCUAGCCAACACCUCUUGGGUUUACUGCAGUCUAGGUGUUGGAGCAUCUGUGAUACAGGAAAGACACUUUUCUGAUUCUUCAGGGCCACUGGGUACCAAUUGCUAAACCAGAAGAGAUGAGAGUGAGAAGAGCAUUGAUGACAGUGCAGAAAUGCGCAGACCAGUAUGAAUGAGUGAGUGGUCCAGUGAUGUAUGACUUCCCUCCUACCUGGUGGCUUUUCUCUGGUAGCUGAGCCUUGCCUGGGGGGGCGGAAAGAUGGGUGACUAGGCCCUGGGUGACUCUGAAGAGUUUGCCCUUUAAAAAAAUCAAUCACCAUUUCAUUAUCAGAAGCCAUCUAACAUCAGGAAAAGAGAGCAGCCAACCUGCACAGUCUUAUAGAUGACUGCUCCUCAAGCGAGUGGAGAACACUGUUCUCUCAGCCUGCACCGGCCUAAGCUCUCUCUUCCUCUGACAUCUGUCUCUCUCACUCAGAUUAGAGUCAGCCGAAGGAGGAGUUGGUUGUGAUGUAAGGAAAAUAUUAUAAGAUUCCCUCCCCCUUUGUUUUUUCUUUGUAACGCAUUUGAGAAUGUAGCUGUGUGACUUUUAUCUGACGCAUCUCUUGCACUGAUCGCUGUGAAUGAAAUCAAGACAAUUUCUACAUGUGGCCUAAGGAUUUCAGGGGCCAAGGAAUCUCCAUGGCAAUAAGAGUGAGGUGAACUCCCCCUCCCCACCUUGCCUUCAGGCCACUGCCUAUUUGCACAGUGUUUGGAGAAGGACACAUCCCUAGGCUUCCGGAGGAGUGUCCACAUCAAACUCAACCCAGGCCUUGCUCUCGCGGGGGCAGGCUACCCAGAGCUGGGGGACACAGUGGGGUUCAGCCUCCUGCCUGGAGAGCAAUCUUCCUCACUCCCUAGACUCUCAUCCUUUCUCUUAGCUCAGUACAAGAUGCUUUUCGGCCAGACCAACAGACCCUGGCUCCCGUUACCUCAGUACCCCAUGGGCUCUGUCUGGCACAGUUAGCUGAACCAGUGGCUACUUAAAAAAAAAAAAAAAAAGCCAAACACUCAGACCUUACCCCAGCCCUAAUCUUCCCACUAAUGUAGCAUCCCCUGCCCCAACUCGACCCCCACACAACCAACUUGGCUGGUGUUUGGAUCAGCUGCAACCAAUUCUUUGCCUGUCUGACUCCCAGAAGGAUCCUGCACAUCUCCACCCCAGCUUCCCACAUGUCAUUCGAGCCAGCCAUCUGCACCUAGAUGGUGGUCUUGCAAACUCAGAUAGGUGGGAGGGGAAGGGUAGGGGGAAAGCCGGAUGCAGAACACAGUGUGUGCAUGGGACUGGUGAGAGACAACAGGAAGAAGCAGGGUCUGUAGGGCAUGAGAGAACACACAUCCCACCACAGAGACACUCACAUUCAGACGUGUAAACACCGCGCUAGCCAAACAGAUGUACCUGCCAGCAGCAGCAUUCAGUCCCAAAGGCAAUAGCUCGGGACCUGUGAUUUAGAGCCAGCGGGGAUCGGAUUCUCGACUCCAGCUUGGUGAGUGUGUGCAUGGAACACACUGAGGACCCAGGCAGGAGAAAGGAGCUCUCACCCUGGCCAAGGCAUCCCGUCCUCCUGGAUGAUAGAGGCCCCAUCCUUCUGGACCCGAACGCAGGGUCUUUGUGAGGGAGGGUCAAGAGGAGGGUGCCGAGGCAUGGUGUCAGGAUCACCUGCUUCCUGUCCCCACAGCAUCCGACCCGAGGGUCUGCUCCUGCGGUGCACAGCAAUACCUGCCGUCACUGCCCUCAUCGCCGUUUCAUAACAUAGAACUCAAGACUCUCAUUUGUAACUGUGCUAACCGUAGUUUGUAAUGGGGGACAUUGUUGAAAUAUCAUUUUUAAAUGAAUUCCUAUAAAUAAAGACAAUUUUGGAAUUGGGUUUGUUAAAUAUCUAUAAUCUUUUUUCCUUCUUUAUGUACGGACAAGCAGCGGUUUGCAUACCUAUCGACGUAAAUACCUAUAAAUUCUUAGAGGAAUUGUUCUUUUUUAAAGGUCUAUUAUUGGACUCACAAUGCACUUUGAGCUUGUUUGUUUAGAUAUGUAACUCGAAGCAGAAGUUGGCAGAUACCACAGGAAAAAACUUUCUGAAAUUUCUGUAACACAUGUUUUGCAAUAAAAAAAAAAAUGAGAAACCUCAGUAGUUCAAAAUAUGA